AUGAUAAAAGAAGAUAGGAUAAAGACAAGUGAGGAAAUGAAAGUUACGUCUAUAACAGAAGAAAGAAAUAACAAAGAGCACGUCCUAGGAGCUUGGGGCAUGCAUGGGAGAGGACGGUUGCCAGCAAGGGUUUAUAAAUGUCGUGGUCCGGUUUUCAUAUUACAAAAAAACACUAAAAGAGACGAGAACCUCCAGGACUCCAACUUAACUGAUCCUCCGCCGCUAGCCGAGGAUGUUGAUGAAAAAGAUUUCAUCCUCAGUCAUAUUAAGGAUCAGGCCCAAUAUACAAAGACAGAAUCCCGACAUCCAGCUCCAGAGGCCUAUCAGGACAAGGCGACAAAUACAAGGACAGGAGCUCAAACAACGGUUAGGAUUGUGGAUCAAUGUAGCAAUGGAGGACUAGAUUUGGAUGUGAACGUUUUUCGUAAUUUGGAUACAGAUGGAGAUGGAUAUGCAAAGCGGCACCUCGUAAUGAACUACCAGUUCGUUAAUUGUGGUGAUUCUAUCAACACCCCUAAACCCCUGCUCUCUAUUAUCGGUGAUCAAUAG